GUGCAAUUGUUGCUGGUACGAAUAAUUUCUGAAAAUGGUGUACUAAACACAUUCAUCGAUCGUAUGCUUUAUUAUAUUUCUUUUUCUGAUUCGCGCAUGCUUUUUUUAGACGCGUCACAUUAUCACUUUUUUUUUUUAUUAUUUAAAUGGUCAACAUUGUCAUUCAUCCUUAUAAUCAGUCCAGUCAAAAGCAAGAUUUACUUGUACUUGACUUUCAAGGAAGUUUUGAUUCUGGAGAAGCUGUUGAUUUAUCUCUUGUCAAGUUUGGAAAUGUCACUUUGAAUGAAAAUUCAGCCGAACUUGUCAUUGGACAUCAUCGUCUUGUUGGAAGAAAAGUAAAACUACCUAAACCGUAUGCGGUAAUUCACAAGAGAAAGGAUAGUAUGGAAGCAAGCUAUGACGUUGUGAGCAUUGUUAAAGAAAAGUACGUCUUUUCUCAACGACCAGGAUUAAUCGUACAAGAAAAUUUACGCAACUUGACUCGUAUUGGAGGAUAAGGCUCUCGGUCA